AUGACAAAAUUCACCGCUGCAACCUGCCACGGUCAGAACAGAAACCCUCGGGCGGGGGCUGGCCGUGCGCUGGAGCUCCUGACGGGUACUGCUCUGCCAGAAGUCUGGCAGGACACGGUUACUCGGAAACACACCGACGCACCCGGGGUGACUCCGCGUGGGGACCCGGUGAGGCGGGGGCGGCACCCGAGAGGCCCGCCCCGGGGAGCGGCGGAAGCGGAGGCAGCGCGGCGGAAGGGGAAGCGGGUUGCCGGAAGCGGGGCCGUGGUUGCCGGGGCCAUGCGGACGCGGCGCGGUACGGUGCUGCGCCCGCCGCCGCAGCCCGGCCGGGCGGACGAUGGCGCGGAGGAGCCCGCGGGCGGCGGGCGGGCGGGCCCCGAGGAGCUGGCGGACGAGCUGGAGGAGUCCCACGAGCGGCAGUUCCGGGCCGUGAUGGCGGCCCUGGACAGCGGGGAGGAGGCCGGGGACAGCGAGGAGGAGGAGGAGGAGGAGGAAGUGCUGGGGCUGCAGCUGCCCGAGGACUCCAGCGAGGAGGAGGAUGGACUCGGGGAGGAAGAGGAGGAGGAGGAGGAAGAAGAGGUAGACGGGCUCGAUUCUUAUGUGGACCACAGUGCAGAGGAGGUUGGAGAUGAGGAGGAUGAGGAUGGGGAUGAGGAGGAUGAGGAUGGAGAAGGUGAGAAGGAGCGAGAUGAGAUGGAAGCUGAAGAUGGGGACCUGUCCAUGGACAGUGACUUGGAGGAGCGUCCUCAGGACGCCGGGCUCCCGCACGAGCUGUCCUGGGGCCAGCGCAAGCAGCUGUACUACGACACGGACUACGGCAGCGACGCCCGGGCCAAGGGCGGGCGCAGCCAGCAGGAGGUGGACGCGGAGGAGCAGGAGGAGGAGCAGGAGGCUCAGGUCAUCCAGAGGCGCUUAGUGCGGGACCUGGGCGAGGACGAUUAUGGGCUGGAUAUGAUCCAGGGCUACCUGGCCGAGCAGCGCAAAACCCAGGACAGCAAGGGGCAGAAGAUUGACAAGGACUUGCAGGCCCUUUCCAGAAAGGAGCAGCUGAAGCUGCUGAAGCAGGAGUCCCCUGAGCUCCUGCAGCUGAUCGAGGACUUGGAAGUCAAGCUGAUGGAGCUCAAGGACGAGCUGCACCCGCUGCUGCAGAUGGUCAAAAAUGGCACCAUCCCGCAAGGGAAAGGCAGUCGCUAUUUGCAGACCAAGUACCAUCUCUACUUGAAUUACUGUGCCAAUAUCAGUUUCUAUUUGGUUUUGAAGUCCAAGAGGAUGCCGGUUCAUAGCCACCCCGUUAUCGAACGGCUGGUUGCCUAUAGAAACAUAAUCAAUGACCUAGCUGUUGUAGAUCAAAGGUUAUCCUCGCAGGUUCGCAUGCUUUUGAAGAACUACUACGAUAAGAAGGAACAGAAAUUACCGAAAGAGAAGAAGUUUGCGAUGUUUCUUCCACUGGAUGCUAAGAAAAACAAACCGAAAGGUGCUCCUGCGCUCGCCAAUGGCCGGGCUGACGAGCUGUCCGGUGAGUCAGACCUGGAUGAGGAGGCUGCCCUAAAAUACUACCGGAUGAUGGAGGAGAAGCUGAGAGUCAAGAGGAAGAGAACUGGAGACCAGGACGCCCUUGAAGAAGCAGCAGCGAUGGAAGAAGAGGAUCCAAAUAAGAAGCGAGGCGUGACCUAUCAGAUGAUCAAGAACAAAGGCCUGACCCCCCGCAGGAAGAAGAUCGAUCGCAACCCCAGGGUCAAGCACCGGGAGAAGUUCCGUCGCGCCAAGAUCCGCCGCAAGGGCCAGGUCCGCGAGGUCCGGAGGGAGCUGCACAGAUACGCCGGGGAGCUGUCGGGCAUUCGCGCUGGGGUCAAGAAAAGCAGGAAGCUUCAAUGAUUUUUGUAUAUUUUUUUUACUGUUUCCGAGAGCUGCAAGCAGCACUACUGAAUCCAAUAAAAAAUGUAUGAAGGA